CACAUAACUAUUUAGUAUGUAACUACUACAUAUUAUGCUUGAACUUUAUACUCUCAUUAUUACAGUAUUUAGCUUUCAAACAUAGUCAUAUUUGUCGGAUCUUCAAUACAAUCUAUACAAAAUGGCAACCGAAACAAUUUUAUCUUUAGCUAACCCAGUAUUUUCUUGUUAUCUGUUUUACGUAUCCUUGCUAACCGUCAAAUUGAUGAUAAUGUCUCUAUUGACUGGAUUUCAGAGAUUUAAGAAACAGGCGGUUAUUAAUCCCGAAGAUACAUUUUUAGGAGCAGAAAUAAAAAUAGAUGACGAUGUUGAAAGAGUACGAAGGGCUCAUCUGAACGAUUUAGAAAAUAUUCCACCAUUCAUGGUGAUUGCUUUGGCAUAUUUGUUUACCAAUCCAAGUUACAAAGUGGCUUCAAAUUUAUUCAGACUAUUUACAGCAAGUCGUUUUUUACACACGCUGAUAUACGCUGUUUUUGUAAUGCCUCAACCGACCAGAGCAAUAUUGUUUUGGAUAGGGUUCGUAAUAACUUGGUACAUGGCUAUCCAAGGAUUGUUAACUUUUAAUUUUUAAAAAUUGUUAUAAUCAAAUUAACCUUAUUUUAUUUUAAACAUAAUUACUUCAUAAAUAUUAAGUGAAAUAUUAUAAUUAUACAUUUUUAAUAAAUGUAUACGUUUUUAGUAUUAAAGUGCGUAGUAUACGAG